AUGGAGAAUGACGAGAUAAGAGUAAAAGCAGAAAUAGAAGGAAAAAGCAAUUCGCCAUACUUAGAAAUAGUAGACAACCCUGAAGGCUACCACUCAGCCUCUUCUUCACCCUCGAAUGAACUCAACUCGGAAGACGACGACGACGACAACGACAACGAAGACAACGUUGAAGACGAGAAUCAAAAGGACGAUAAUGAAGGGGAAGAAUACGUAGACUUCUCGACUUACAUUGAACAGUCCUACGACAAUCCAGAUAAGAAAUCCCAGAAGAGAAAGGCAGAAGACGACAAUAUGAGCCUACAAUCAAAGCAUAUCAAGUCUAACAACAUGCUAUCAUCAUCCCAGCGAGCAUUGGCUGCUAAAGCUACAGAAGAAGAAUCUCCUUUCUGGCCCAAAGCUGAUAUUGGAAGCGACCCUCUUAGGAAGUCACGCUGGAGUCAAGCCGAGCAGAGAUACUUUGCUGGCUCUGGUAUGGGCUCUUCAAAGUUGAAGGAGCUUUUGCGCAUCGGUGCUGCACCACCAUCCCCACAAGUCGAAGAAGCUCAAGCAGCUGAACAGAAGGAUGUCUACAAUGACGAAAGCAGAGACAAUGACGAUGUAGAUAACACUGACAAGGAAAAUAUCUUCGAUAAUACCUACUACCAAUCAUCAAACAAAGAAAUUAACAAUCCAGUGAACGACGUGCAAGCGUCAAGUUCGAGGCUAAUUUCACAUAAGCCGCCACUGAGAGACGUUCCCCAAGAAGCACCACCAGGAUACGACCAAGAUAUCUUACAAGCUGGCAAACCAGAUGUUAAAAACUAUGAUGUCAUCAAGAGAAUGAAGAAAUGCAUAGAGGAUCUUCAUAUAGUAUCCCUCGAUGCACUGAUGGAGGCCAGUGGAGAGUCUUCACAGUUUAUUGAUUCCUCCGCAGCCCCGUUCAAGCGCUUAUCGCAAAUAAUGGCAGAACACUCUCGCUGGCUCGAAACGUUCGUCAAAGUUGUAGAGAAGAAGAAGCAUAACGAGGGUUUAUUAUCUCCCUAA